AUGCAAGUGUCAAAGAAAUGUAAAAAUUCCGUACAGACAAUGAAAGUUAAUAGUUUUUACUUAAAGAAUCAUAUAAAUGCUAUAAUUGAUAUUUAUCAUCACCUUCAAACAUUAGAUGGAAGAAAUAAAUUAAAGAAAAUUGAGUUGAGGAAUUUUCAACAAAUUCAAUUAAUUAAAAAUCCAAAUGAAUGUAUUCUUAAUUAUCAAGAAACAUGGAAUAAAAUAGAGUCAAUUAUUGUAAGAAAAAAAGCAAAUUUAUUAUUUAAAAAUAUAACAUCUUUUAUUCAAUUAAGGAGAAUUGAACUUUGGAUUGAUUCAUUAACAUAUUCUAUAGAAACAAUAAAAAGAAUGAGAACAAUAAGAACUCUUAUUAUUCAUUGUACUGAUUCAAAGAAAAUGAUAAAACUUCUUCCGUGUAUUAAAACCUUUGAAUUUGACCGGAUUAAUGUAAUUGUUAUUAUCCAUUCAUUUACAAAAAUAUUAUUAGAUGAAUUAAAAGAGAUUAAACAAAUUAAAGUUGUUUCUUAUCUAAUUGAUCCAUUAACAAUUGAUUGUGUACUUAAACCGUUAAGUUCAAUUAUAGUAUCUCCAGAUUGUUUUAACAACAAAGAAAUUACUUAUAAAGUAUUACAACAAAUUAAUAAAAAUUACAAUCCAUCUCUUAUAAUUUCUUCAAAAUAUUCUUCUACAGUUAAAUCUUCAAAUGUUAAAUGUAUUGAUCUUUCACAGUUAACAUCAAUUUUUGAAUUAAAUGUAAGUAUUUUAUUUAAUGAAUAUAAUCUUUUUAUUCCUAUUCAAUUACUUCGAUUAACAAUAAAUUCAAUUAACCCAAAUAUAAUUUUUUCCAUAAACAGUCUUACUGAAUUACAUUUACAGAAUGUUAAGAGAAAAAAUGAAUUAAAUUGUGAAAGACUUGUACAAUUAGAACUUAUUUCAUGUCAAAAUAUUAAGUUUAAGAAAGUCCCUUUAUCAUUACAAUGCAUAAAUUUAAAUUCUUGUUCAUCUUGUGUUAUUCCAAUUUCUUCUUCUCUAAAAUAUUUUAGAAGAGAGUUUUGUGAAGAAAAUCAGUUUUUAAUAACAGAAGGUAAUGAGGUGUUUGGUUCUAUGUUUAAAGAUGAUAAUUCUGUAAUUAGUUAUGAGAAAGAUAAUUUAUUGUACAUUAAAAGUUGCUAUGAAAUAAAUUGUUCUGAGGCACAAGUAAAAGAAGUCAUUAUCCUUGGGUCAAUUAAUAAAUUUAUAAAUACUAGAAAAUGUUCAAUUAGGUUCAGUGGUUGUGGAAGUUAUAUUAAUGAAAUGAAAUUAUCCACAUCAACAAAAGUUAUUUGUGAGUCAGGAGCAACAAUUCAGCAUCUGAUCGCUGACUCUAUUGAUCAUUUAAUUAUAAAUGGUGAGAUAAAGAAGAUAUCAUGUUCUUCAAUAAGAAUGAUUGAAAUAACAGAAUUAAAACAAUCAGUUUCAUUUGAAUGUAAAUGUUUAUUGUUAAAGAAUAUUAAUAAAACAAAAAUUAAUUUAUCAAAAUAUAAUAUAAAACAUUUAAUAUUAUGUAAUGUAUUUUCCCAAUCCCUUUAUCUUCCAAACACACUUAUGAAAAUUGUGUCAAGAAAUUCAAAAAUUCAAAAGUUUAUAAAUUUAGAAAACUGUCGUCUUUCAACAAAUAGAGUUAUUAAUAUGCUUCUUCAUAUGAAUUGUCAAUUAACUUCUUUCCCUACUAAAAUAUCUAAGCUAAAAUUAAAAAAUAUAGAAACAGAAUUUAUUGAUUUAUCAAUGGUACAUUGCACUGAUAUUAAAAUUAUUUAUUCGACUUGUUUAAGAAAAAUACUAGUUUCUGAUGUUACACUAAAUGUUUAUUUUCAUAUGUGCAAUGCCAAUAUUGAUGUUCAAACACUUCAACCUCAUCAAUUAAAUAUUCUCUAUUUUAAUUGA